AUGGCGGCGGCGGCCAGGCUGGGGUGGGGAACUGCGGCUGCUGCCGCAGUGCUGCGCAAGCGAUUCUGUCGUAUAAUGAAUACAUACACCAUUAAGAAACAGCCUCUGCAUCAGUUUGUACAAAGACUACUUUUCCCACUACCUGCAACCUUAUGUAACACAGUGAGAUACAUGUUUAUUCAAACACAAGAUACCCCAAAUCCCAACAGUUUAAAGUUUAUUCCAGGAAAACCAGUUCUUGAAACAAGGACCAUGGAUUUUCCCACACCAGCUGCAGCAUUUCGCUCCCCUCUGGCUAGACAAAGUACUGUUUUGUGUUUGUCUAUGCUUUUGGGUGGAAAUGUACCAUUUUUCUUCAAAUAUUUACAGGAAAGUGAAGAGUUAGACUGGAAUUUACUGAAACCAGAUAUUUAUGCAACAAUCAUGGAUUUCUUUGCAUCUGGCUUACCCUUAGUUACUGAGGAAACAUCUUCAGGAGAAGCAGGAUCUGAAGAAGAUGAUGAAGUUGUGGCAAUGAUUAAGGAAUUGUUAGAUACUAGAAUACGGCCAACUGUGCAGGAAGAUGGAGGAGAUGUAAUCUAUAAAGGCUUUGAAGAUGGCAUUGUACAGCUGAAACUCCAAGGUUCUUGUACCAGCUGCCCCAGUUCAAUCAUUACUCUGAAAAAUGGAAUUCAGAACAUGCUGCAAUUUUAUAUUCCAGAAGUAGAAGGCGUAGAACAGGUUAUGGAUGAUGAAUCAGAUGGAAAAGAAGUAGACUCACCUUAAAAUAAUUUGAGUUUUCUUUGGGCCCAGCAAUUGGACUUGUUGAUAAUAUAUACCAAGCUUUUAUUAUUAAUCUGCUAAGGAACUUGAGGAUUAAUAAAAUAUGCUCUUUGUUCAGAGAAUGAUACAUAAAUAUUGCAUUUUGCUUUACCU